GUAGGCAUAAGCACUGGUAUGGCAAUAGCAAAGUUAGGUAACUUAUGUAAUGUUUAGUUAGCAUUGAUUGGUUGUGCCACUUGUGAUGCUAUGUUAUGCCAUUGCAUAUGAUUGUAUUGAAUUAAAUAUUCAAUUGAAUGCAAUUAAUUGUUAACUAAAUUGUUGUCAUAGAGGGAGAGAGAGAGAGAGAGAGAGAGAGAGAGAGAGAGAGAGAGGGAGAGAAAGACAGACAAACAGAGAUGAUGUGAUGUGUGGCACAAGUGAUGCAACCCUUCAAUCAUAUGAAUCCAUUGAAAGCACARAAUGUUUGUAUGGGUUGUAUGGGUUGAGGCCAAUGACCUCAAGCAGGCCUUCCUUCCAGUUAAGACAUGACACACACUGAGAGUGACUCUAUUAUAAUAAGUGUUUGACUUAUCACUACCAGUGCUACCAGUGAUGCCAGUGAUACCAGUGCUCACAAUCAUAUGUUUAUGUUGACUAUCACUGUCUCCAUAGUCCAAAAGUUCACUAAACUAUUGCAAUAUUAUAUCGUAUCUAAAGAUAUGUCUUCAAAGACAUGCAUUUGACCAUUGAUUGCAUGUAUGCGACCCAUAAUUCUCAUGAUAUCAACACAAUCGAUGACUUAACAAUCACUUGCAUCACAUCCAACACAUCCAACCAUCACUGCGUUAGUUAUGAUUCCGUACACGACUUGCAUGCGAUUCAAUGGUUCCUUAAGACGUCCACAACAUGUGAUUGUUUUGGACAGCGAUGGCACUCAACAACCCAAUCACCAUCAGUGGACUCUUGUGCCGCACCAACAAAACAAUCAGGAAUCAGUUAUAGUUCACUCUCAAGAUGACCAAACACUCUACUUCUCCUGGAUUUUAGACACACAUCAGGCAUCAGUUGAUCGAUCAGCUGAAGGAACUUCGGGCAUCACUUCCGAUGAUAGACAUGUCAUUGAGUGCAUCUCAGAUAUUCACCAAACAAGAAAUAGUGAUCAAAUACAAGAGGAGGACAUUGAGAUUGAAGAGAGUCGGGGAUAUCUAUUGAUAACAUUACGACGCCGUAAAUCAAUCCAACGAAGCAUUCAUAUCGAUCCCAUCGCUCUUCUUGAUCACAGCUAUUAUGGCAUUACAUCACGUCUUCUCAAGUAUUCAUCCAAUUGGCACUUCAAUACAUUCACAUUGGAUGUCCUGACUGGUGGUCACUCCUUAUCAAGUCUACUCUUUCAUCUAUUCAUUGAAUAUGAUUUUAUCAAAACUUUUAAUUUGGAUGUCAUUAAUGUUAUGCGAUGUUUUAGAUUUUUAGAAGCAGGAUAUCACGACACAAACCCAUACCAUAACUCAGUUCACGCGGCAGAUGUAACUCAAGCCAUGCAUUGUUUUAUUCUGGAGCCAAAAAUACGCCAAUACUUGACUCCAAUGGAGGCUAUGUGUGCUCUAUUGGCUGCUGUUUGUCACGACUUAGACCAUCCAGGAGUUAAUCAACACUUUUUGAUUGCAACCAAAAGUCAUUUGGCGGCUCUUUAUAAAAAUUUUUCAGUAUUGGAAAGCCAUCACUGGAGGUUUGCAAUGUCCUGUUUUCAUGAGUCGCAAAUUUUUGAACAUUUUUCAGCCAAACAGUGGCAACAAAUUGAAUCAAUUGUUAAAUUAUUAAUCUUAGCGACUGAUAUCACUCGACAAAGUGAUUACAUUGCAAUCUUUAGAAAACAUUUGUCAGAUUUGGAGUCAUUUUCGAUGACGAUUCCAGAGAACCGUCAUUUUAUACUUCAAAUAGCUCUGAAAUGUGCAGAUUUGGCUAAUCCUUGUCGUCCCUGGAAUUUAAGUAAGCGUUGGAGUCAACAGAUUUGCAAUGAAUUUUAUAGACAAGGAGAUUAUGAGAAGCAACUAAAUAUACCCAUUACUCCCAUAUGUAAUCGACAAACCAUUAGUAUUGCACGCAUUCAAACCGACUUUUUUAAGAAUAUAGUAAAUCCAUUAUUUGAAUUAUGGGACCAAUACCUAUGCUCUCCACUUUCAAAACAACUCAUUAAUAAUCUUCGUUUCAAUGAUAAUCAAUGGAAUCAUUCAUUGAUGAAAAAGACAUUAAAACGCCGACACUCUAUCGGGUCUAUUAUGACUGCCAAACAAAGUGAUAAAUCCUUAAAACAAUGCAUUUCUUUGAAUGAUCUCAAAGAUUUACCAAUCGAUUUAAGUUUAACACAAUUUAAGAGUCUCUAUGAACCCAAAGCCAAACAAUGUAUUAAUGGGUGCGGAACUCCUCCUAAUUGUCAAGAGUUAUACAAUAAAUCUGACAAUAAAUCAAAAGUUUUGUGGGAAUUGCAAACUGAUGAAGAAGAAGAAGAAGAAUAUGAUGAUCAAGAUUUUGAAGACGAAGAUGAAGAUCGAGUUCAUCAAUACGCCUAUCAAAGCAUUACAACUAACAUAAAGACUUAUUCAUUACAAAUGCCAUCUCAAACACCCAUUGGUUCAUAUUUAUACGAUAAGAAACAUAUGAUAGGUCGUCGUGGGUCAGCUCCGGGAUGUAUAGGAAUCUAUGCUAGUUGUGAAUUAGCUGCCGCUUUAGUCUUUUUUCACGGAGCGGUUGCCAAUCAGGACCCACAAAGACGGUCCUCAUUUCCUGCCGAAAAAGUUGGCCGCCAUUCGGCUCAUAGUUUAUAUAAUAUAUCAAGUGGUGCUAAACUGAACCGUAAUACUGGUGUAUACGGAACGGGAGCCAUGAGAGGCAAAUCUCUUGAAUAUCUGGUUUCUUCAUUAAAGAAAAAUAAAAGCUUUUAUCACUCAACCACUAGCGCUCAUACAAAACUGUUGAGAAGACAGGCCUGUUCUUUAGAUUCCGGAGCAGAUACUGGAGCUCUUCAAUGGUUUUUUAAUAACAAACCCCGAAGAGGUUCAGUACCUCAAGAAAUUCUUAUUGAAUCGUUGGCUAAUUAUACAACUUAGACAUCUUAUUAAUAAACUGUAUGUCAAUUAUGUCGUAUGUUUUAGUUAAGCAUUCAUUAUAAGUGCCAACAAUUG